AUUAACUUUUAUCUUAAAUGAAUGUUUAUAUAUAAGUAAGGAUGUACUCGCUGAAAGAAAGGGAAAUACUGGGACAGCAGCUUGCCUGCCUACCAUAUGCUGUCAAAGUUUUUCAGACAGUUUGUUUACUCUGGAGUGAAAUGAAGGUAAAUAGUGUUAACACGUUUAUUUUUCGGAUUUCGGAGUAACCAGGAACACAACUGUUUUAAAUAACAACAGUUUGACGUUUUCGCUCGCGUCCUUUUUUUUUUUUUUUUCUCCUGACGUUUUUCUGAAUGACUUUCCUCUGUUUUACGCCUUAAACACGGGCAGAACUGAACUUCUCCAGGGCUUUUUAGGGAAGUAGGCUGGUAUGUGUCCGCUGACGUGCGGGGUUGUAGUUGUAGUUUCCUCGGAAAGUGGCUGGAAUAUGUGCAGGGAGAGGCGGAGAAAUGUGCUGCCUCAUCCUUUAUCAGCAGCGCCGUGAGUCAGCAGCACAGCCGCAGCAAUGACUCGCCUGACCCCGCUUCUCUCUUUACUUUACCUCUGAUAAACCCUUCAGACCGAUGUAAUUUAGCGUGACAAUGUCGAGCUGCAAGACUUCAGAGUUCACGUUCCAGUCGUCGGUGCAUAGUACACAUGUACUACGCUGUCUGGAUGAGCAGAGGCAGAAGGACCUCCUGUGUGAUGUGACGGUGGUGGUAGAGAACCGCAGUUUCAGGGCCCAUCGCUCGGUUCUUGCCUCCUGCAGUGAAUACUUCAGCGCCCGCAUGACCAACCACACAGGCCAGGGAUUCAUCAUCAAUUUGCCGGAUGAAGUAACGACUGAAGGAUUUGAACCCUUGCUGCAGUUUGCAUACACUUCAAAACUGCUCUUCACCAAAGAGAAUGUGCUGGAGAUCCAUAACUGUGCCACUGUGCUGGGCUUCAAAAACUUGGACAAAGCCUGUUUUGACUUCAUCUUGCCCAAGUUCUUUGACAGCAGCAAAAGUUCAUCGAAGGUCCAGACGAUUCAGUGCUGCAAGACCAAAUGCUGGAAAGCCAAGGAUGAAUCAAGCAUUAACAAUGAUGGUGCUAAUGAUACUGGUGAUGCAUCAUCAGUGACUCAGCCCUUGAAGAAACAGGAGCCAAACUUCUCCUCAAGUCUCAGUGAAAAGGCCGUGAGAACCUGUAGCCCGUGUCAAGUAGAAACUGAGGCUGAUACAGAAGCAGAGUCAGACUACUCCUCACUUUGUCCAAAAUACCGCAAGUUUCAGCUGGCUUGUGGGAAAGGCCAGUCUUGCACAGACACAGAACCAGAGAACACUGAGAGUACCUGCUCUCUAAACUGCCUGCCUUGCUCCAGCUUUGAAAAACCUGAGUCUGAAGAUAUUGUGUCUAACAAGACCACAACUGGAAUCACUGAGGAGAAUGCCAUGUCCUUUUGCUGCCCCUUAGCAAAGCAAUCACCAAUUGAAACACCUCCAAAUCUUUGCUCAGGCAAGACAUCUCCACAGAUGUGUUCAAUGACUUCAUCGUGUAGCCUAGGAGGAUCUUUUCCACCUCAUCCAUCUGCUGGAGAAGUGGUUGAAAGUUCUUCUGUGCAAGUCAUGGGUAAAGAGUGUACAGUAUCCGAUCGUAGAAAUGGAACUUUUUGUCUGAACCCAAGAACAGAGCAGAGAAGCACUGUGGAGAUGGAGGUGGCCAACCAGCUCAGUGCUUGGCCCGACAUUUGCAGCUCCCGUGUCUCAGAGCCUGCUUCAGCUUGUGGCCAAGGUGUGGCAGUGAAAAGCUCAGAGCUACAAUGGCUAAAACAGCUGGAGUGUCCCUUUCUCAGGGAUUUGGGUGCAGUGGAAGCUCAGGUACGAUGCAGUGAGGUGACAUCUCGCUCAGCAGAGUGUUCCUACAUUUCCUCCAUUCAUUCAGGAGAGGACUCUGAUAGCUUUGACACUGAGGGGGAAAGUGAGUCCUGCACCAGUGAGCAAGCAAGUCUGAUGCAGUUGCCAUUUUCCGUGGAGGGAAUCGUAUCACUGAGCCGUAACGACUUCCAGCAGAUGCUGAAGACACAUCGGCUGACACGUGAACAGCUCGAUUUUGUGCAUGACGUGCGGCGCCGCAGCAAAAACCGAAUUGCUGCUCGUCGCUGCCGCAAGAGGAAACUUGAUUGCAUCCACAACCUGGAGUGUGAAAUUGAAAGACUGCGGAGUGAGAGAGAGAAGCUGACUGCUGAGAAGCGGCAACUGGACCAGAUGAGGCUGAAGACAUGGGAGAAUUACUCAGUUCUGUAUGACAGGCUGUGUGCUGAGGCCAAACUGCAGCCUGAGCAGCUACAGGUGUUUGCCAAGUAUACCUCUCUGGGAGAGUGCCCUUUCUCUACCCACCUGUCCACCAAAAUGCAGCUCUACCAUUGCUCUGAGCCUGAGCUCCAGCCCUUGGCACCAUGCCUUGGCACUGACACUGGCAUCUUUGAGCCUGGCACCUCCACCAGAUCUGCCAACACUCAGAAUCAUUUAGCUUCUGAUCUCCGAUCUACUGAAACUCCGCACACAGGGAACAGCGAGACCAUGUCCAUCUCUCCAGACCAAAUCUGUAAACUUGAAACAGAUAAAUCAUAAGGUGCUUCCUUUUAUAUUAUUUGUAAACCAGGAACUGUCCUUAAAAACUUUUUUGUUUACUACAUGAGGCAAACAUUUAUUGUUGACAAUCAGUGUAUUAGAUUGCUUCUGUAUUUUUGUUUUUAUGGUUGUAUGUUGAUUCUUUUAUGUAUGAAGGUCAGGUUUGUUUUUCAGUGUUAUAUGAACAUUUUGGUGAACCAAAUGAUAUUUUUUAUACUUCUAAGGUAGGUUCCUCCUUAUUACACUCCCACGGACAUUUCAUCAUAUCACUUCUUGAUCAUCCUGAUCUUUUGAGUCCUGAACAGGUAAUUAAAUAUAUUGUAUUACUUAUACAUUAAAUUGCAUUAAUUAUGGCAGAGGAGCAAGGUGUACAGACAGCCCAGGUAUACGUAAAUUUUAGGAUUAUUUUCUAAUGUACAGUAGUAUUAUGUACAAACAAAACUUGCGCUACAUAUAUUGCUUCAACUAACUAUGUUGUUGGCACAGUUUUGUCUUAAACCAAAUCUAAUGAUAACAGGCCAUUACAGGGUGAAACAUUUAUAAUCAUUUUUUUUCCUCUCUCAAAUUUGAAUAUACUUACUGAAAUACCUGAUAGUUUGAUUAUGCUGUUACCUCUUUGCGGUUUUCUUGCAAGGGGCCAUAUUAUUUCAUUUGUCUUAAAAGACAAAUCAAUAAAUUGUUUGAUCUGGUUAACUUCA